CCAGGGUGUUUAUCAUACGGGGAUAUGGAGGCGUGAGCUGGCUGCGGCGCCAUAAUAGGGGAGAAACAAACGAACUUAACAACCGUUUUGCGCGCUUUCUUCUCGCUGGCAUUGCAACCCACUGGCUAAACUCGCCGCCGUUGCUCUCAAAUCAAAUCGUUCUUCCAAUUCUUCUUCUCCCCCGUGAUUCGAUCGAUUGAUUUGUGCUUAGUAUGCUGGAUUAAGCAAGUAGCCAUUCUUUUCCUCAGUAGAAAAAAUGGGGUUUCCGGCCUCUCUUGCUAUUGUCCUAAUCGGAAUCGUCUUCUUCGCCUCCGGCCUCGUCGUCAAUCUUGUGCAGGCAGUUACAUUUCUCCUUUUCCGUCCAUUCUCCAAGGGAUUGUAUAGAAGGAUUAACAAAGUGGUGGCGGAAAUGUUGUGGUUGGAACUCAUAUGGCUGGUUGACUGGUGGGCUAAUUUGAAGGUUGAAGUAUAUGCAGAUGAUGAGACCUUUAACUUGCUGGGUAAAGAACGUGCCAUGCUCCUUUCCAAUCACAGGAGUGAUGUUGACUGGCUAAUUGGAUGGGUCCUUGCUGAGCGCUCAGGUUGCCUUGGUAGUUCACUAGCCCUCAUGAAGAGAGAAAAUAAAUGGCUUCCUAUAAUAGGCUGGUCAAUGUGGUUUUCGGAUUAUGUGUUUCUGACGAGAAGCUGGGACAAGGACGAAAGCACAUUGAAGUCGGGUUUUGAAAGGCUGGUGGAUUUUCCCAUGCCUUUUUGGCUAGCUGUUUUUGCAGAAGGAACUCGGUUUACUCAGGCAAAGCUAGAAGCAGCUCAGGAAUUCGCUGCUGCAAAGGGCUUACCAAUUCCUAGAAAUGUUCUGAUUCCCCGUACCAAGGGUUUUGUAUCAGCUGAUUCCGUGAUAAAUGUUAAAAUUAAGCGACAUCCAAUGCACGAACUUCCUGAAACAGCAGAUGGCAUUUCUCAAUGGUGCAAAGAUCUCUUCAUUGCCAAGGAUGCUGCUCUGGAUAAGUUUCUUGUCAAGGACACCUUCAGCGAACGAAAGCAUGACAUCGGGCGACCUAAGAAGUCACUAUGUGUUGCUAUUGUUUGGUCGACUCUUCUAGUCUGGGCCAUUGCCAGUUUGUUCCAGUGGCUUUCGCACCUAGGCUCGUGGGUAGUCAUUGCAAUCUUGGUUACUUUACUCGUAAUCAUCAUGAUCGGAAUGCACAUUCUCAUCCAGUCCUCGGAGUCGGAGCACUCUACACGCGCACGAAAUGUGACAGUAGUCUGUGAUGGAGUGCAGGAUAGACUCAUUCAGACGUGAAAUAGCUCUGGGCAAGAAAAAGACUUCUGCUUUUUAGUAAAUGUUGUCCAUUGUAGUCUUGUUUCAGUCAAGUCAUAUGGUUAAAUCUUGAACAGCUCAAUGAAAAUUCAGCUAUGGG